ACCGCCAGAGAAUUGACAUGAAUAACAUGAAUAAGUCGGACAUUGACUUAGCACAGCUGCUCAAGACAUUUGAUCCGGAUACAAAGUCCUUCAAAUUUGGAACCAAAUCAUUCCAAAUCACAAGCAAUGCAGUGACUCAGAUUCUAGGACUGCCAAAUGAAGGCAAAUCUGUCAAACUUGUCAAUGAUAGGUACACUGCUACCUUCAGAACAAGGCACUUUGGAGAAAAGGGAAAACCUUCAAAAAACCAGGUAGAAGCAGAAUUACAAAAGACAAUUGCCUUGGCAAACCAACAGAAGAAAGAAAAGGCAAAGACAGAGCAAAAUAAAAAAACGAACAAAGGAAAAGAAAGGAAAGAAGCUGAAGAAGAAGAAGAAGAAGAAGAAGUUGAUUACGACAAGGAGGUGGUCAGCCUAAUAUUGAUUCUGCUGUGCAUGACAUUCCUUUUUGCCAACUCUUCAUCUACUUUGCAUUGGAAAUUAUUUGAGCACUGCGUGAAUCUAGACACACUUUCAAGCUAUUCGUGGGCAAGAGCUGUUUCAGACUACAUGAAUGAAUCCUUGACCGCAAAAGCAAAAGCAAAAGCAAAGAAGGGAGGAGAAGCCUCUAUAGGAGCUGUUUCGGGUUGCACUAUCCUAAUAUUGUUUCUACUGUGUGAGAGGACAAACAUCAUACAACCAAUCCUUGGCAAGGAGAAAGAAACUCCUGCCAUUCUUAGAUGGAGUCUUGUGGAACUCCACACAAGAUUCAACCAAAUAAAGGACUUGAAUGACAUCGAGGGUAUUUUCAAAACUCCUAAAAAGCGAAAAACUACCAGGGAAGAGGAAGACACUGUUGAGAAGGUAAUUGAAAUCUGUAUACAGUGCAUUGCAGUUUGUGUUUUCUACAUUGCAGUUUGCAUUUUAUCCAAUGCAGUUUCUGAAUCAUUCAAUCUCAUUGUACAGGGUAUUUUGAAAACAUAUAAAAAGAGAAAAACUACCGAAGAAGAGGGAGACCCUCUUGACAAGGAAAAAGAAAAAGAAGAUGAUGAGGGAAAACCUGAUGAUGCAAUUCAAGACCUCUUGGUGAAGUCCAUGACAGACCAAAUCAACUACCGCCAACAACAAGAUCCUAGCUUCGUUUUCCCGGAAAGAUUACAACUGUGGAAGGAUGAAAAGAAUGAAGACAGUGAGAAGAAAAUGAAGGAAUUGUGGGAUAUAUUUAUCCAAGCAGAAAAGAGAUCAAAGGAGCUGGAAGUGGAGUUGGCAACAUACAUAGAGAAAUUAGAUAAUGAAGAAUGUGUGACUGCCACCAUGACAGUGGAAUCUACAGUUCAGCUUAAUGAAAUACAAAAUCUGAAAAGGAGGAUUGCAGAAUUGGAAGGCAAGGAAACUGGUAUUGACAUGGAGAAGAUUGCCAAGAAAAAGGAGAUUCAAGAAAAGUACAAGGCAGAAAUUGAAAGCUUGUUGUCAGACCCAACAAUCUUUGAAAUGGAGAUGGAUCUGCCUACAAAACAACCAACACAACCAGUUGAAGAGAAAGAAAAAGAAAAGAAAGAAGAAGAGAAGCAACAAGAAGAGAGAGAAGAAGAGAAGAAGCAAGAUGCUCCAACACCUGAUGUUCCUUCAAGAGUACAAAGGGUGAAGAACAGAGAAAGAAAGAGGCUUCAAGCAUCUUGCUAUGUGUACGAAAAAAAUAAGAAAACAAAAAAGGAGGCAAAAAAGGAUGAUGAAGAACUACCACAAUUCAAGCUUAUCUCUUCCGAGGAGUUAACACAAGAGGCAUCUCAGCCCGAUGCCACAAAUCCAAUUCCUGACCCCCCUAAAGGAACGAGCCUUCAUGAUUCAAUACCUGUGGAUCUACAACAAUCAAGUGAUGAAGAUGAAGCACAAAAAAAGCAAACAAAGAAAAAACUAGGAUGGGGUCAGAAAAAGGUGUGGCAGAAAAUUCCAAAGCCGGACAGGGAAAGCAUUGAAAAACACUACUUAAGCACUCAACUUCGUGAUAUCUUCUGGGCAGGACUCAAUGAUGAGAAAGUGACAAACCAUGAUCUCAAAGAUAUUGUAUGGGACCUGGAACUGUCACAAAACGUCAUUGAGGCCUAUAUCCAAAUAGAGGAGGAUAAAAUAGAGCCCAUGCAGACAGAGAGUCCACAGUACAUGUCCACAUGGACUUGGGCUUACAUGCAAAGCUUCCUAGAGCCAUCUUGGCACAGGUUCCUGUAUGAACCCUUACUUGAAAAACUCGGGAAAUGCAAUGUUCUUUUCUUCCCAAUUAUUUCACAAGAAGAGUUCCACUUCACACUUCUCACAUUUCACAAAAAUGAACGAAAGUGGAGACACUACAAUCCACUUAGAUCGUUGGGACGUAGAAAAGAAGAAAGGUGCAUUGACAUUGCUCGAAACUUUGUUAAUAUUGUUGAAGGGUGGCUAGAAUAUAUAAGACCUCAAGCACGAGUGUUCAUAGAAACAAAAAAAAAACCAACACUUGUGAAGCAAAAAGAAGGGCCCCCAACACUUGUACAAAAAGAUUUGACUCCAAAUGAAGAACUCACUCUCAAAUGGAUUAUGCAAAAUCCAUUGCAGUUUCCAUUUGAGGAUGACAUGGAAUGUGCUCAACAAAGUGCAUCUUCAUUGGAUUGCGGCAUGUUCGUCAUGUUCUAUAUGGAUAAAAUAGCACAAGGACAGCCCAUUCCAAAAAGCGUGGACAAGAAAUUCAUGAAUGAAUAUCGAGCACAAUAUGUCACAAAACUCCUACACCACAAAAACUGUGUAAUUAAUCGUCUCUAGUGAUUUGCCUUUCGUUAACUCAAGACAAUAUGUAUCUUAAUUCUUGUGGAUGUUUGUAAAUAUUUCUAGUUAUGGUAUAUGAGAACAUAUUUCCUAUA